CACCGCUCUAGCCUGAGACAUCCCCAGCUGGUGGGGCGGUGUCGGACCACGGAGAGCCGCGCCUGCGCACUACAGACUCCGAAGCCAGGGCGACCUCAGGGAGGUGGGCGGGACUGCCCGGGCAUCCGGGUCCCUCACCCCGCCCCCGCUGCAUGAAUGAGAGGCCCGGCGCCCGCCCCUCCCCCUCCGGGCCCGCCCCUCGCCGGGGCGCCGCGGGCAGUCUGCCGCUGCCACCUCAGCCCCGCUCGGUGCCGACUGACGCCCGCCGCUCACCACCCGGAGCUGACGGUCCCAACACGGUCGCCGCCGCCGCUGCCGGCACGACAGAUUCAUCCAUGAGCUCGGAUUUCCCACAUUACAACUUCAGGAUGCCUAAUAUUGGAUUCCAGAAUCUGCCACUCAACAUAUAUAUUGUGGUUUUUGGCACUGCUAUAUUUGUCUUCAUCCUUAGUUUACUCUUCUGUUGCUACUUGAUUAGGCUGAGACAUCAAGCACACAAAGAAUUUUAUGCCUACAAACAGGUUAUAUUAAAAGAAAAAGUAAAAGAACUGAAUUUACAUGAGCUCUGUGCAGUGUGCCUAGAAGACUUCAAGCCUCGAGAUGAGUUGGGGAUUUGUCCAUGUAAGCAUGCCUUCCACAGAAAGUGCCUUAUUAAGUGGCUGGAGGUUCGCAAAGUAUGUCCACUGUGCAACAUGCCAGUUCUGCAGCUGGCCCAGUUGCAUAGUAAGCAGGACCGUGGACCCCCACAGGGCCCCCUCCCCGGGGCAGAGAACAUUGUAUAGCUCAUCACAAGGAUCAAACUGUUGCAGGAGCCAAUGUCUGCGUGGAGCCAGGAGGAACACAAGCAGUCUCUGUGUUGGCUGCUCUACCUGGGGCACCAGCUGCCGCUUCCUUUGUCUAAUGAAGAACUCUUGGGCCAACUAGGCUGGGAACCGAGACUUCUGGGUCUUGUGACAACCAGAGUAUUCUGCACUACCCCAUGCCAAGAGAAGAGGAGUAGAUGAGCCUGCGGGUUUGGUUCAAGAAACCUCAUGAGGGUCUCUUGCUAACUCCAUUGCACUCUGUCUCCAGACACUUAUCUCCAUGUCAAGGUGAAUAUCAAGCAGAAGGGAUGAUAAACACAAGUGUUAGAGAACGGAACUGAGGGCAGGUCUUUAAAGCCACCCCAACCCCGACCCUGUGGACACAUGAGCUUCUAUGCAGACCAUGCAUGCCUUUGCAGCAGCAAACCCUCCUGGCAGCCCCUGAGCCAAGUGAAAACAGUGGUUACCUCAGCCCAAGCACAACCGGCUGCAGUGCCAGAGGCAGUGCCAACAAGGUUUUUCACGUUAUGUCCCUUUGAUAAGGCCAUCUUGGAACCCAAGGGCUUUGGUUACAAAAAAGCAGCAGUACCCGUCACCACUGGUCCUGCCUCAAGUUCACAACACUUGCUUAUCAAAUCAUCUAAGCUAAAAACAUUAGAUGUGCUUGGAAAGGUCUGGUCAAAA